AUGGCGGCACCGCUCGACGCUGCUCGUGGAACCUGCGCCGGGGCGGACGCCGAGGUGGACGCGGCGCUGGACAGCUACAAGGCCGCGCUGUCGCGACUGCUUGUGGAGGCCGACGAGCUAAGGAUGGCGACGACGUGGGCGUUGACGACGGAGAUCCUGACGUCACGGCAAACGGUGGAGAUGCUGGCGGCAGGCAAGCACCUGUACCUCUCCGUCCGCGAUUGGUGUCGCCGUAGGGAAGGAGCAGCUGGCGCACAGCAACAGCUUAACGGGCCGAUGCCGGGAUGGCCGACAACACCUCCGCCGCCGUCAGCCGGAACCCAUGAAAGUUGA